UGUAGUUGCUCUGCGCAUGCGCUGUGCUGCAGAGGCUCGACGCCGUCUGCUUUGUUGGGACCAUCGAUGCUACGACUUUUGGCGAGUCAGCUGCGAAUUGCAAAAGAUUAAAAGGAAUAGUGACAUUAUUUGCUCGCUACUAGACAUUGUUAGCGUGUUUUACGUUCACAGCCAGCGCUUGUGUCGCUGUGUGUAGGCUUCAGACCGCUUCAGACGACAGAAGUGAGGAUCCCCUGUAUAUAAACAAAACGCAGCGAGCUGCUUUUUUAAGGUGGCACGUCAGAGACAGCUGCAACAACAACACUCGUCCGAAUCUCGUUUGUUAAGUUAGCUAACUUUGUGUUGGCCGCUUCGUCAGCGAUGGGAGUCACUAUACAGCUUGGUUAGGAGUUAAACUCCAAAACGUGUGCGUGCGAACAUGAGAGAAGAGGACAGUUUGUUGUCAGGAAGGCAGCUCCUGGUCAGUGAAAGAGGGGGUGAAUAUCCCUGCUGCUGCCCCUACUUGACAGAGGAGAAAGGAGCACUUGCUAUCCAGAAGGGUGACCUGAGGCCUCCUGGUCGUCAGUCCGCCUGCAAUUAGUAGAAAACCAGACUUUGGCACAAUAUGGAGACGGUCGGGAAAUUUGAGUUCAGUCGGAAGGACCUAAUAGGACAUGGCGCAUUUGCUGUCGUCUUCAAAGGCAGACACCGAGAGAAACAUGACUGGGAGGUGGCAGUAAAGUGCAUAAACAAGAAGAACCUGGCCAAAUCCCAGACACUGUUGGGAAAAGAGAUCAAAAUACUCAAGGAGCUGAAACAUGAGAACAUUGUUGCAUUACUGGACUUUCAGGAAACUGCCAGCUCAGUGUACCUGGUAAUGGAGUACUGCAAUGGGGGCGACCUAGCAGACUACUUACACACCAAAGGUACGCUGAGUGAGGACACUAUUCGGGUUUUCCUGCAGCAGAUUGCAGGGGCCAUGAGGGUCCUGCAGGCCAAAGGAAUAAUCCACAGGGACCUCAAGCCCCAGAACAUUCUGCUCUCCUACCCAGCAGGACGCAAGUCGCACUUCAACAACACUUGCAUCAAGAUCGCGGACUUUGGCUUUGCCAGGUACCUUCAGAACAACAUGAUGGCGGCGACACUCUGCGGGUCCCCUAUGUACAUGGCUCCUGAAGUCAUCAUGUCCCAAAACUAUGAUGCCAAGGCCGACUUGUGGAGUAUAGGAACCAUAGUGUUUCAGUGUCUGAUUGGGAAGGCUCCUUUUCAGGCUAGCAGUCCCCAGGACCUCCGGCUGUUCUAUGAGAAAAACAAGAGUCUCAGCCCCAACAUCCCCAGAGAGACUUCAAGCCAUUUGAGGCACCUACUGCUGGGUCUGCUGCAGCGCAGCCACAAGGACCGUAUGGACUUUGAUGAGUUUUUUGCUCAUCCUUUCCUGGAGGCUAGCUCAUCCAUGAAAAAGACAACUCCUACAGUGUCCAUGACCUGCUUCCCGAGCUCUGCAUCAGCCAGCUCUUGUAGCAGCUCUUCCACCUCUCACCUCGCCUCACCGCCGCAGUCUCUUGCUGAGGUUCAGCACUUGCGUGCCAAAGCUCAGGCCUCUCCUACCCAGGAGGCCGCUGGUUUUCUCCUCAAGGACUCGUCUGGAGGGGGCGGCAGCAGCAAGAACUCCUCUUCCUGUGACACAGAUGACUUUGUCAUGGUGCCUGCUCACGUUACCACAGUAGAGCUGCCAUGUGAGAGUAAAGUGCUACAGGACAGCCUGAUGAACAGCGGCUCUCUUCUGGCUUCUGCUGGUCUGUGCAGCCAAGUCAAAACACCACCACACUCACCUUCCUGCAGUGGGUCUCCAAGUCCUGUCAGGCCCAGUGAGUUCUCGGGAAGUAACUAUGGUGGUAGCUAUGGAAACCAUGGUCAGUCAUUGCCUAUCCCAGUCCCCACCCAGGUCCAGAACUACCAGCGCAUGGAGCAGAACCUCAAUUCUCCCAAACAGGAUGGCUCACCACGACUGUCGACACCAGUGCGGCGUUGCAGCAGCGGAAGCACGUUGGGCUUCGCUCGGACCGGGCCUUCAUCGCCCUACGGCCAGGGAGCAGUCGCCGCCAAUCACAGGCUUUCCCUGGGAGGCGCCAGACCGUUCCAGCUCUCCCCUCAAGCUCCUCAGCACAUUGAAGCCCGGCCUACUUCUCAGCAACACGCACAGACGACAGGACUGGGCACGCGGCUCCACAGCGCCCCCUGUUUGUCGGAGUGCGCCAAUGGCGGUGUCAGGCAAAAGAUCAGGAAGCAGCACUCGGACCCGGUGGUAUCCCCCUCCGCAGGCCUUAUGGCAAUCCGCCCGCUGCACUCGUCUCCCAGACUCAGUGAGCUGAUGCAGCGUAGCCCCCUCCCCACCAUCUUGGGCUCGCCCUCCAGGACCAUCCCUCCAUUUGAAUUCCCCAAGCCUCCCAGCUCUACGAAUCUCGUGACCUUCCUGACACAACAGGGUUUGGUCAUCGGCUCCCCCUGCAGCAGGACUGCCCCCGCAGAGCCCAGAGACGCAGGACAUCAAGCGCUUACACAGGUCACCCAGCCUGCCCACUGCAUCCACAGACUGAAUGAUGAUACCAAAGGCUUUGGAAGGUCCCAGAGUGCAGGUCGUCUGUCUGACAUGCUGCUGAUGGCUGCGUUUGGACCAGGUGGACCUUUGGGUGAUCGAGGCAGCACAGAGAACAUGACUUCUGAAAAAGCCAUAGACAUAACCGUGCCCCUCAGUGGUGGAGGAGGCCUUGCUCCUGGCUCUAUCAGCCCAGCACAGGUGGUUUUCACCGUGGGCUCUCCUCCCAGUGGCAGCACACCACCUCAUACCUCCAGACAGAGGAAAUACUCAGGCUCGUUCACUUCAAUCAGCCCUGCAGGCUCCUUCACUGGCCGCUACCCCCAGACCGGCACCUUUCUGGAUGGCUUCGAGGCUAAUUCCAGUCCUCGCUACAGUUUCACUGAUCCUAUCACAGCCAACAUGGGCGGUCUUGUAACCUUUGAGGCUCCUGAGCUGCCUGAGGAGACACUGAUGGAGCAGGAGCACACAGACACUGUGCAAAGCCUGCGUUUCACGUUGGAUUUUGCCCGCUGUCUGAUGGAGGUGGCUGGAGCCCGUGGGGUCACGUUGUUCGUGGAGCAUGGGGACAUUUGUCAUCCCUCCCUCCUUCAGCCACAGAGCCUGGUAGCAGAUCAGAUAAGCUCACUGAGCCGAGAGUGGAGUCAUGCAGAACAGCUGGUUCUCUACCUUAAGACUGCAGAACUUUUGUCGACUGCCUUACACACAGCCAUGGAGCGAGUUAAGCAGGGCAAACUCUACCCAUCCUCUACAGUCAAACAAAUAGUGAGGAGGCUGAAUGAGCUGUACAAGUCCAGUGUGGCAUCCUGUCGCUCACUCAGCACCCGUCUGGAGCGUUUCUUUUCCAGGAAGCACCGUCUAAUGGACCAAAUCACCUCCAUCACAGCUGAGCGGCUGCUGUUCAGCCACACUGUGCAGAUGGUGCAGACUGCUGCACUGGACGAGAUGUUCCACCAGGGGGAAGCGUCGGUCCUGCGCUACCAUAAAGCUCUCCUGCUGAUGGAGGGUCUGUCUCUGCUGCUCACUGAACAGGACGACAUCCUCAGCGUUAGCAAAUGUAAGGAGUGCAUUGAACGACGCCUCACAGCUUUGCAGUCAGGACUCUGUGUUUGAGGGUCUUUCUCUGCCUCUUGGAGUGUGCAUAUGAUGUCACUCAUUUGCAUCCUGCACAUUACCAACGAACCAAAUCUCCACACACAUCUCAUGGUUUUCACUUAGAAAUGCUUUAGCUUUCACAAGGAAACCACGAGGCUUCACUUCCCCUGAACCUUCAGGGCUUGACCUCCUCUCUAAAUGGCAUCUCAAGUGUUGGACAGUGGCAGUGACUUCCCCGACACUAAACGUUUACCAGUGUUGGACAUGAAGCACUUGGGCUGUGAAAGAAUGUCUGUGCGCUUGUCUACGUGAGAGGUCUUUGCUCCUGGUACUGAAAAUGAUAUUUAUUUUGCCAAGAAGAAGAUUCCCCGCACUAGACGUAACACCUGCAGGAGCAAUUAUCGCCAAGUAGUCACACAUUCACUUAUCUAAACAUUAGCAGAUAGCGUUUUAAGAUCGACAAAUAUUCGUUCUACGAAUUUGCAAUUGGCGACUUUAUGGACAAAAAUGUCUUUUACCAAGAUCAGUAGCUGUUGGGAAAGUAGAGAAUCUGCUGUAUACCUACAUACAGUAAGGACGUGUGCUGAUGAAGAGCAGGAACGACCAAGUAUCAUUCUCAUCAUUUGUCUUAUAUCCUCUUGUUUGGUUCCCUGGGUCUGUUUUUCUGGUAUUUAUCUAGUUGUUACUUGCUUCGCUGAAGGGAAGUUUAAAUAGCAAUGCUACUAUUGGUGGCUGGAAGCGCAUACAAGCACUAUAACAAAACUGUUGCCAAAAUUAAAUGUAGUUUUGCUUUUGUGUUUCAUUUUAUUUUAGACUUGCUGUAUGCAACUAUGCUGGUUUGGAAAAAAUAUCGCUGUGUUUAACACUUUACUGAUUCUAUGUUACAGACCAUGUUGCGUCAUUGAAACAAAAAUGUGAUAGUUUUUUUUGUUUUUUUUAAAUGGUGACAGGUAUUAAGGCAGAAAAAUGUUACAUGCAAAUUAUAGCUUUUAUUCAAGAGAAACUGGUCUGUUAGCAUCCCUGAAUACAAUCUUGUUAAAGAUGCUGCAAUAACCUGGGAUGUAUUCUUCAGGUAUACAGAAGCUUAGGUGCUGCUGUUGCUGGUAAUGUCUUCACCCGACUCCACAUUCUGUCUGAUUAUAUGUUGUCAAUCAAUCACGUCGGAGUUUAGCAAGUAUAAUCAAAUUUGAAUGUAGGGCUGACGGGAGAGAAACGGCUUUAAUAUUAGUCAAAUGUUACUUCAAAUUAAGGUUUAUCCCGUGUUUAGCGUCUCUGUUUUUGCACUGUUGAAGUACUGUAUGGGACGAUCUUGAGUGGAACAUGCUAAACGUUUCCUUUCUUUGUAGAUACCUUAGACAGAGUUGCAUAUUUAGAGAUUUCUAUUCUAUACUUUUAUUGCAGUUUUAGUUGUAUUAUAGUUGAUGUCCAAAGUGUGUGUUAGAUGUGAGAAUGCUGACAAAGAGAUGGUAUAAGCUAUGAAACCUUAGAAAGAUUCCUUGAAGAAGGAAAAUUGCUUUACACUGAAAAAUAGUUUUGCAUCGGUAAUGUUGUGUUUGGUUUCAGAGUAGUCAGUCAUUGCCGAUUUGUGUUUGAUUUUGAAAAGUGACCUGUUGAUUUGGAGUGCUAGUUGAAAAAGUGUAUUUUACCUGAAAUGUGUGUGUAUUGUUGACCUUAGCUAUAUCCCAACAGGAUACCUUUACUCCCCUAAAUUGUGGGCCAAUGGGAAGGGUUAACUUCGACUUUGGUUGCUGUCAAAGAGAAGCUUGAGUGCAUGCAUGCAUGUGUGAAAUGAUGUUUGUUGUAUUAAUGGACAGUGGGAUUUGUUCCAUACAGAAUGAAUGACAUUGCUCUAUAACAAGAUGUGAAUGGUUUGAUCUUGACUCCAAUGAAAAACAAGGGUUCCUCUGGUGUAACCCACGGCCAGGCCCCAGUACGACUUUCUUUCUGCCUUUUUAAGUUAAUUAAGAUGGUGACUAAGUGCAUAUUUUAGAGUAACCUGUUGAUGUACGGUCAGGGCUGAAGAUGGUUCACGCUGAGAUUUUUGAAGCCAUUAUAGUAGCACUGUCAGCAGAACGGAAUGGAGGAAAAGUUUUUUCUCAGUGAAGAUUUAUCUAAAUAUACAUAGUGUAUUUGCUUUGUGGCCUUUUGUCAGAUAACUUUUUUCGUACAUUUUCGUAGGUCUACCAAGAUCAUUCUGCGUGUGUGUGUUAUGUUUGUGUGAGUGUACAUUCCUAAUAUCAACUCAUCCACAUAGCCUCUCUGUCUCUUACACAUGCUGCUCUGUUCAGUCAGUAUGUAGUGGUGAUAACAUCUUACCUUUAUAAAAACUGAUGUAUGUGUCACUUUUUAUUGUUCCAUACAAUCAUUGCUAUCGGCCAUUCUAAUGAGGAUUAUCUUGGGUAGGAGUCAAAAGCACUAUUGAGAUCAUUUGUGCAGGAGGUGAAAUAAUUAAAGAGUACAGCUGGUUGGUGUAGGAAGUACGGAGACGGUGCCCUACGACAAGCAGAAAUGAAGUGUCCUUUAGCAAAAAACGGACUUCCCAAGUAUCUCAUAAAGAUAAAAUGAAGUGUAACGUGUGCACUCCCAUAGUAGAUUUGUCAUUGGUUUGGAUCUUUUUUUUGUAUGUUUUUUUUUAAGAACAUACCUGAAUGUUUUUGUGUUUGUGUUUCCACUUUACUCAUUCUGUAUUACCUGUAAAUAUUGUAAAUUAAGUUAUUGUUAUUGUAUAUAUGACACUGCAGGCAUGGAGAGAACAGUACCAUUACCACCUAUACAUUUCCAAAGAAUAGGCCUUCUGCUGAACCUUCCUAUUGUCUCUUACUGUUGCAAAAAGCAUUUUAAUGUUGUCAUAUCUAUGACAAACACACUAUCUCAGUGUCCCUGUGUGUGUGGUGUAACCUUUAUUGUUUGAGUUGCAACAUGAAUAAAGUGAAAGGAAAGGUAA